UCAAACAUAAAAUGGAGGUCAAAAGUAUGAACACUACGGCGACGAUGAUCAGUCUACUGUUUCUAAUCGGCGUCGUUGCUUCGGAAGACCCGUACAGAUUCUUCGAAUGGCACGUAGCUUAUGGCAACAUAUCCCCUCUCGGCGUUACGCAACAGGGUAUAUUAAUCAACGGGAAGUUCCCAGGACCGGACAUCGUCUCUGUUACCAAUGACAAUCUCAUCAUUAACGUAUUCAACCAUCUGGAUGAACCUUUCCUUGUGUCAUGGAGCGGGAUCGAAAAUAUGAAAAAUUCGUACCAAGACGGAGUGUAUGGAACAACGUGCCCAAUCCCACCGGGGAAAAACUACACAUACGCUCUUCGUGUUAAAGAUCAGAUCGGAAGUUUCUACUACUUCCCGUCGCUCGGAUUUCACAAAGCCGCCGGCGGAUUUGGAGCUAUCCGUAUCUAUAGCCGCCCCAAGAUCCCUGUCCCAUUCCCUGCUCCCGCAGAUGAUUACACCGUCCUCAUCGGCGACUGGUAUAACACAAACCACAAGGAUUUGAGGACACAACUCGAUAAUGGUGGAACGCUUCCUUUACCGGAUGGGAUUCUCAUCAAUGGUCGUGGUAGUGACGCCACCGUCAACGUUGAACCAGGUAAGACAUAUAGACUGAGAAUAUCAAAUGUUGGAUUGCAGAACUCUCUCAACUUCCGAAUCCAAAACCACAUGAUGACGUUGGUUGAGGUCGAAGGGACACACACUGUUCAGACUGCCUUCUCUUCUCUUGAUGUUCACGUUGGUCAAUCUUACUCAGUCCUUAUAACAGCUGACCAGCCUGCCAAAGAUUAUUAUAUUGUGGUCUCUAGUAGGUUUACCUCGAAGAUCCUCACCACUACGGGUGUUCUUCAUUACAGUAAUUCAGCUGGACCUGUUUCUGGACCUAUUCCAGAUGGACCAAAUCAGUUGAACUGGUCUUUAGACCAAGCAGGAUCCAUCAAGACCAACCUUACAGCAAGUGGACCAAGGCCAAACCCUCAGGGUUCAUACCACUAUGGUAUGAUAAAGGUCACCCGAACGAUCAGACUUGCUAACUCUGUUGGAAAUAUCAACGGCAAACAACGAUACGCCGUAAAUAGUGCAUCAUUUUAUCCGGCAGAAACCCCUUUGAAACUAGCGGACUACUUCAAAAUUGACGGUGUAUACAGGCCUGGAAGCAUACCUGACCAGCCUACAUAUGGAGCAAUGUUUCCAGUCACUUCUGUAAUGCAAACUGAUUACAAAGCUUUUGUGGAGAUUGUUUUUGAGAAUUGGGAAGAUAUUAUCCAGAGCUGGCACUUUGAUGGUUACUCUUUCUACGUGGUUGGAAUGGAGCUUGGGAAGUGGAGUGCUGACAGUAGAAAAGUUUACAAUCUUAAUGAUGCAGUCUCGCGCUGCACUGUUCAGGUGUAUCCAAAAUCAUGGACUGCGAUAUACAUAUCUCUGGACAACGUAGGAAUGUGGAACCUGAGAUCAGAGUCGUGGGAAAGACAAUACUUGGGACAACAAUUCUACAUGCGUGUUUACACAACCUCCACUUCUCUCAGAGACGAAUACUUGAUUCCCAAGAACGCUCUUCUUUGCGGCAAGGCCAGCGGCUUUAACGUGAGUGAAGUGAGAGACAACGAUCAAUAUUGGGAGAUAAAGAAUAAUAUCUUUCAAUAAACUCAAUGUUAUACUUCCUAAACUUAAUAUUAACAUUUAUCAAUAAUCUUCUAGAAUAAUAUCUUCUCGAUUUCCAUAUUUUGGGGUUGACAUCUC